GCUCACAGUCUCACACUCGCCCAGAGUCCAGAGACAAGCAGUAGGCCAGGGCAGCUAAUCGACCAAGGCUAGCACGUCGUGCCCGGCUCCGGCGGGAGGAGGAUCGAUGGCGUUCAUGCGGUACCGUGCGCUGCCGCAGGGGGAGGUGACGGCGGAGGAGUUCUGGGCGUGGCUGGGGCAGUUCGACGCGGACCACGACGGCCGGAUCAGCCGGGACGAGCUGCAGCGCGCGCUGCGGAGCCUCAACCUGUGGUUCGCGUCGUGGAAGGCGCGGGAAGGGGUGCAGGCCGCGGACGCCAACCGCGACGGCACCGUCGGCAAGGAGGAGGCCGGCCGGCUCUUCGCCUACGCGCAGAGGCAGCUCGGCGGCAAGAUCACGCAGCUCGGCUCCUACUGAUCAGGCUGCGCACGAGAUGAUUUGCUGAUGUGACUGUGAUGGUGGGACGUACUCAUAUCAGCUUCGGACACGCGGCUGUGGGGAGUAUGAGAUUUUUUCUUUUUCUUUUUUCGAAUGAUGUGGAGUAUGAGAUGGAUGUUCAUGUUUUCGGAGUUCUUGGGGUAACCUUUGAAGUGGUUUCCCAAGGGUUUCCUACUUUGUAUUUUCAGCACUGUGAACUCUGUGGAGAUUUGCAGAGUUGUUAGAGAUGAUGUAAUUUUCUCCAAGCUCUGUUGAUUAUUUUGCUUAUAUUUUGCCUGUUGAGUGUUGAAAAA